AUUUUGCUAUCGAGCGAAAUGGAAAACGUUGAAAUGUCGGGCUAAUUAAAAAACGAUAAGACUUUAUUGUAGUGCGGUAGGUGAGCAGCAUACCAGAAAUGUUGUUCGACAAAUCUUUAAUAAUUUUGUCUAUUCUGCUACAAGACAUAAGCCCGUUAAAUGUAAAAGUAACAGUUGAACAGGGAAUUGUAUUUGGAAAUAAAGAAGUUACUGUAUUCAAUGAAAGAAGUUAUUAUGCAUUUUAUGGAGUACCAUAUGCCCAACCCCCGAUUGGGAAGUUAAGAUUUAGAGAUCCAAAACCCGUUAAAAAAUGGACAAGGCCACUUGAUGCAACAAAAGAGUAUCACGGUGCGUGUGCACAAGCUCAUAUUGUACAUAAACAUGGUCAAUACGGAGUUGAAAACUGUUUGUUUUUAAAUAUUUACACUCCAAAUUUACCUCAUAAUGAUAAGCAAAUACCAAAAGCAGUAAUCGUUUGGAUACACGGUUACGCUUUCACUUCUAGUUUCAGUCAUAUACACGGAGGUGACUUUCUGAUUGAAAAUGAUGUCAUAUUCAUUUCUCUUACGCACAGAUUAGGUGCUUUUGGGUUUUUGAAACUUAAUCAAACUGAUUCAAAUGCCAAUAUGGGGCUUAAAGAUAUAGCUACAGGGCUCAAGUGGAUAAAAAGAAACAUUCGCUACUUCGGUGGAGAUGAAAAUAAAAUAACUGUUAUGGGAAGUGGAUCUGCCAGUACAUUGCUUUCGUUAUUAUUGUUAACCAAAUACAAAAACUUAUUCACAAAAAUGAUUUUACAAAGUGGUUCAAUAUUUUCCCCAUCAAUAUUCCAAGGUAAUUAUGAAAUUGAGAAACAAAGAUUGGAAAAAGAAAUAGGGAAAAUUGGUAUUAAAGAUUUAAGAAGUGCUAAAACGAAAGACAUUAUUCAAGCAUCUCAGAAGAUUUAUAAUAGUAGCGAUGUUAUGAAUUUCCAACGGUCUGUUGUUCCAUUUUCACCACUAAUUGAGACAAAAUCAAUCAAAUCAUUAUUAUCGAUAGAUAAAUACGAUUAUAAGGCUUUAAAAACCGUGAAUUUCAGUAAAAUACCAAUUAUUAUAGGCUUUACAAGUCAGGAGAGCAUAUCCGAAGCAAUUCCUUUUAUUCACGACGCCCACUAUUUAAAGUUAUUUCAUUCUUUAUUUAAAUUUAUGGUACCAUUCGAAGAUGGCUGCAAAUAUGAAUACUCGUCUCAAAUAUAUAAAAGCAUUUCAAAAGAAAUAAGAAGCUGGUACUUUGAGCGCGGAGUUUCCGAGAAUUCAAUAGAUGAUUUCUUAACAUUUGUGUCUGAUUUACAUAAAUACCCGAUAUUUAAAUUUAUAAACGAAAUUUUAAGAGUAGGGAAUAAAAUUUAUGUUUAUAAAUUUAACUAUCUCGGGAAGUUUAAUGCCGUCAAAUCGACAUCUUUAGCUGGUUCUAACAUUAGAAUCAAAGGCGCAGCACAAGGAGACGAAAUAUGUUACAUUCUAAAAUGUGAUCCUCUUUGGGAAUCUUACGUAAAACUAAAAGAAGAUAAAUAUGAUAAAGACAGAAUUUUUAUUGAAUAUAUUUCGCAACUGUGGGCAAAUUUUGCCAAAACGGGUAAACCGACCUCGAUAAAAAAAUUUGGUAAUGUUACGUGGCACCCGAUGUCUUCAAAAAGAGAUAAUGUAUUCAAAUUUGCGAAACAAACAAAAUUAAUUGACUCUAAACCAGAUAAAAGAAUGUUUAAAUUUUGGCAAAAAAUCUAUAAUAACUAUUAUGAUCCAAAAAAUUGUAAACAUAAAUUUAAAGACGAGCUAUAG